AUGAAACCAUAUAUUAAUGCAUAUCCAAUAACAACAUACAAUUAAAAUAGUGAUGUAAUGCUAACUCAAGUAUCAUCAAACUAAUAAGAAUAAAUAAAUCUAUUGCAGGAAAUGAAGUAAUUGCUAGACCAAUAUCCUCACCAAAAUAUUUCAGAAAUCAUUUCAUUUACAAUAAAUAAUAACGCUAUUGAAUCAUAAAAUGAACCUUGUGAUUUUACUUUGGACUAAUAUUUAAAAAACAGACAAAGCUUUUGGUUGUCUAAAGAAGAAAUAUAUAAUAUCCUUGGAUAAAUUGUUUAAGGGUAUAUGCAUUUAAAGAAUUUAAAAAUUACUCAUAGAGAUUUGAAUCCAAGAACGAUAUUAGUCUUGCGUGUUUUAGAAACUAAUAAUGUAAUUAUUAAAGUACAUAAAAUUUAUUGAUUUUAGAUUUCUGAUUUUGGAGUGGCAUCACUUAAUUAAACUAGAAUGAGGGAAAUUGUUGGUACUCCAUUUUAUCAAGCUCCUGAAAUCACACAAAAUAAUGAAUAUGAUGAUCAAUGUGAUGUUUAUUCUGUAAAUAUUAAAUAAUAGAUUUAGUUAGGAUUAAUAUUAUAUUAAAUGUGCUUUAAAAAUUAAUACCAUAUUUACCCUGUCACAAAAGAAGAGCUUUUAAAAUUUAAUGAAUAACUUAAAUUUAACAAAUUUAAAAUACCAGAUGGAUAAAUUGAUCCAGCUUUAAAACAAUUAAUUGAAAAAAUGAUAGUAUAUGAUCCAAAUGAAAGGAUUAAUUGGUCUGAAUUGGCUAAUAUGCAAGUAUUAUAGCCUAAAUUUUUGAUCUUACCAAACUAAAACAAAUCCAAGUUAUAUUAUAUAGAUUUUUUAAAAUCAUUAGGUAGAGGAAGUUAAGGAUGUACCUACUUAACUUAUGAUCUACUCCAUUAAAACACAGAAUAUUGUACAAAAUAAAUAGAUUCCAAUAAUAUUGAAGGGUAGCGAGAACUUUAAGCCUACAGAUUAAUCAAAGAAAAUACAUAUUGUGAAAAUAUUAUAAUGGUUGAAGAUAUUUUAUCAUAAAAGGAUAAUUCAUAUUUGGUCAUGGAAAAAUGUGAAAAAAAUAUUGAAUAAUAUUUCAGAGAAAAAUAAUUUGAUCUAUCCUAAUAGGAGGCUUUAGAUAUUGUAUAAUAGAUAGUCACUGGCUAUCUUCAUAUUACCAAAUUCAAUAUUAUUCAUAGAGAUCUAAAACCACAAAAUAUUUUAAUAAAACAUAAUAAUCAAACCAAUAAAAUGAUUAUCAAAGUAUAAAUCUUCUUUUAAAUAGAUUAUUGAUUUUGGAGUUGGAAAAGUGCUCUAACAAUCAAAAGAAUUGACUAAUACUUAUGCAGGAACACCCAUCUAUACUGCCCCAGAAAUAAUAUUUUCUCGUGACUAUAAUAAUAAAUGUGAUAUAUUCUCAGUAUUUAUGUUAUAUAUCACUAGCUAGGAGUAAUGUUGUAUCAGCUUGUUUAUGAAGGGGCCAAUUAUUUUUAAGGCUAACCAAAUAGUAUAGAAGAUUUAUAGAGAAUUUUAUUAAAUCUUUAAUCCACUCCAGUAUAAUGCAAGAAACCCUAUAAAAAUGUAAUUUCUUAAUUUUAUUUUAGUUUAAUAAUAAUUUUUUAUCAUUAAUAGAUAAGAUGUUGAUAUUUGAUUAAAAUGAAAGAAUCGAUUGGGAAACAUUAAAUUAAUAGUUAAAAAACUUUACACAAUCUAAAAUUAAAAUUAUAUCUAUAAAUAAUUAAAACUUAGAUUUAUAAUCCCAAACUCAAUAAGAAUAAUUAUAAUAAUAAUAAUAUUAAUAAUAAUAAUAGUAAUAAUAUUAAUAAUAAUAAUAUUAAUAAUAAUAAUAAUAAUAUUAAUAAUAAUAAUAAUAAUAGUAAUAGUAAUAGUAAUAGUAAUAGUAAUAGUAAUAGUAAUAGUAAUAGUAAUAGUAAUAGUAAUAGUAAUNAUACAUGAAAUCAUAGAAAUAGUUAAAGAAAUAUACUCAAUUCAAGAAAACAUUAAUUUAAAGCAUAAUCAAUAAAUUUUGCCUGAGAAUUAAACAAUAGAAUCCUUAAAAAUCAAAAAAGGUUUUAUCUUGUCAGUGGAAAUUCAAUAAUAAUAAUAGUAAUAAUAAUAAUAAUCACCCACAUAAUAAAAUGUAAUGAUUAUUUUAGAAUAUCGUGGUUAAAAGAAUCAAAUUGAAGUGACUUCAGAUACUUACAUACAUGAAAUCAUAGAAAUAGUUAAAGAAAUAUACUCAAUUCAAGAAAACAUUAAUUUAAAGCAUAAUCAAUAAAUUUUGCCUGAGAAUUAAACAAUAGAAUCCUUAAAAAUCAAAAAAGGUUUUAUCUUGUCAGUGGAAAUUCAAUAAUAAUAAUAGUAAUAAUAAUAAUAAUCACCCACAUAAUAAAAUGUAAUGAUUAUUUUAGAAUAUCGUGGUUAAAAGAAUCAAAUUGAAGUGACUUCAGAUACUUACAUACAUGAAAUCAUAGAAAUAGUUAAAGAAAUAUACUCAAUUCAAGAAAACAUUAAUUUAAAGCAUAAUCAAUAAAUUUUGCCUGAGAAUUAAACAAUAGAAUCCUUAAAAAUCAAAAAAGGUUUUAUCUUGUCAGUGGAAAUUCAAUAAUAAUAAUAGUAAUAAUAAUAAUAAUCACCCACAUAAUAAAAUGUAAUGAUUAUUUUAGAAUAUCGUGGUUAAAAGAAUCAAAUUGAAGUGACUUCAGAUACUUACAUACAUGAAAUCAUAGAAAUAGUUAAAGAAAUAUACUCAAUUCAAGAAAACAUUAAUUUAAAGCAUAAUCAAUAAAUUUUGCCUGAGAAUUAAACAAUAGAAUCCUUAAAAAUCAAAAAAGGUUUUAUCUUGUCAGUGGAAAUUCAAUAAUAAUAAUAGUAAUAAUAAUAAUAAUCACCCACAUAAUAAAAUGUAAUGAUUAUUUUAGAAUAUCGUGGUUAAAAGAAUCAAAUUGAAGUGACUUCAGAUACUUACAUACAUGAAAUCAUAGAAAUAGUUAAAGAAAUAUACUCAAUUCAAGAAAAAAUUAAUUUAAAACUUGAUCAAUAAAUUUUGCCUGAGAAUUAAACAAUAGAAUCCUUACAAAUCAAAAAAGGUGAUAUCUUGUCAGUAGAAAUUCAAUAAUAAUAAUAGUAAUAGUAAUAGUAAUAGUAAUAGUAAUAGUAAUAGUAAUAGUAAUAGUAAUAGUAAUAGUAAUAGUAAUAGUAAUAGUAAUAGCUAUUUCAAUAGUAAUAGUAAUAGCUAUUUUAAUAAUAAUAGCCAUUUUAAUAGUAAUAGCAAUUUUAAUAGUAAUCACCAUGUUCAUCGUAAUAGCCAUUUUCAUAGUAAUAGCCAUUUUAAUUGUAAUAAUCAUAGCAAAUAUAAAAUUAAUUUUUGCUUUAAAAAAAUUAAUUGCCAUCAUCCUUUUAAUAAUAGCAAUCGUAGUAAUCCUUAAUUUAAAAAAUAAAUCCAUAGCCAUAACAAUAAUAAUCAAAAAUUUCACAAUCAAUUAGCUUUUAAUAAGAUUCUAAUAAUAAAUCAUUUUAAUUACCAACCCCAAAAUCUAAUUUAAUAGAUUAAAAUUAAUAAUUUUAAUUACAUAAUCAAUCAUAAACUGCUUCCCAAACUCAAAAAUCAUCGACCAUUGCUUAACAAUCGUCAACAACAACACUAAGAUCAACAAUGUUUUAAACCCAUUCCAAAACACCUUAAUAAUUUGGAUAGAAUUUAUAAUUUGUAUAGCCUUAAUAAUUUCAGCUACGAAAUUAAAUAAAAACUAAUCCUCCAAACGAAUAAGAAAAUAAAGCUUCUAUUUUUCCAUAAAAUACAUAAAAUUAAUAAAUAGCUUAAUUACAAUUAGAUCCAAAAACUACAUUGCCUUAGAAUCAAUUUGCAAUACAAUAAAAUAAAUAAAACGAUUUAAAUACUAAUUCGCUUUCACCUUUUUAGCCACAGCAAUAACAAUAAUAAUUAAAAUUAAAUAUUAAUCCCCUAAUAGUAAACUAAAUGAAUCCAUAAGUCGCUAUACCAAAUUAAUUUUCCAAUAUAAAUACUUAACAAUCAAAUCAGUUAAUAGAUGUUUCUAAACCUAUUUCAUGCAGAGCUACAAUUUCAUAUGCUAAUACAACUUUGAAUAAUAAUAAUAAUAAUAAUAUUAAUAAUAAUAAUAAUAAUAUUAAUAAAAUUAAUAAUUUUAAUAUUCAUAAUAAUAAACCAGAUGCAACUAAAUUUACUACAUAAGCUAUUAUAAAUAACUUUCCUUCUAAACAAUUUUCAUCUAAAAAUAUGGAAUAAUUCUAUGAAUUUACAAAGAAGGCCUCUGAAGACUUCAAAUCUAAAAGCUAAUAAUUAUUUAUUUAACCAGCAUAUUUAGGAUUUUAUUUAUGUAUUUUAUAUUUUUGGAAAGAGAUUAAUAGAUAAUAAAAGAUUGAAAAAAGUACUGAUAGUUUAAUUAAUUCAGAAGAAUUAACAAUAAAGAAGGAGAUUGAGAAAGUUAAAGAAAUUAUUUCAUAAGUGGAUAAAAAAAAUGGGAGAUUGGAAGAUUUGAAAAGAUUAAUAUUGCUCUAAAAUCAGCUUUAAAGUCUUGCUCAAAUUCAGCAAGCAUAUUAAGAAUUUCAUACAAAAAAUCAUGAUAUUUUAUGUGAUUAAAAUAAUAAUAAAGAAUAAAAAGAGUUGAAUAAAAUUAUUGAAAACAUGCACAAUUUAUCAAAAGAUCUAAAUUCAAAUAAAUAAAAUACAGAUAAUUAAAAAAUUUAAUUCAAUAAACUCUGA